AUGGAGGAGCAGCUGGGGCCGGUGGCGGUGACGCACCUGCUGCAGCACACGCUGCGGAGCCUCUGCACCGGCGGCGCCCCGGCCCCGCAGUGGGUCUACGCCGUCUUCUGGCGCAUCCUGCCCCGGAACUACCCGCCCCCCAAAUGGGAUCUCCCUGGCGCGGCGUACGACAGGACCAGAGGGAACAGGAGGAACUGGAUCCUGGCGUGGGAGGACGGGUUCUGCAACUUCGCGGCGGCCAACAGCUCUGCCGCGUUCGGCCAAGAGGGGGCAGCGGCAGCUGCGGCUGUUGCAUAUGCCGGGGACUGUGAGGCAGCAGCUGUGCAGCAGGAUGCGGUGAAGCAGCAGCAGCCGCAGCCGCAGGGCCUGCAGCCUGAGCUGUUCUUCAAGAUGUCCCAUGACAUCUACAACUACGGCGAAGGUCUGAUAGGGAAAGUGGCGGCAGACCACAGCCACAAGUGGGUGUUCAAGGAGCCCCAGGAGCACGAGAUCAACCUCAUCUCCUCCUGGACCAACCCUGCCGACUCUCAUCCGAGGACGUGGGAGGCGCAGUUCCAGUCCGGCAUCCAGACCAUCGCCCUGAUCGCUGUCAGGGAGGGCGUCGUGCAGCUCGGCUCCAUGAAAAAGGUGACGGAGGACCUCAGCUACGUGGUGAUGCUGCGCCGCAAGUUCGGGUACCUGGAGAGCAUCCCGGGGGUGCUGCUCCCGCACCCGUCGUCGCCCGGCGUCGUGUUCCCGUGCGGCGUGGGCCCCCCGCCGGUCAUCGCCGCUGCAGCCUGGCCGGGCAUGAUGCCACCGCAUGCCGCCGCCGGGCCGCCGCUGGAGCUCUACGACCCCUACGGCGCCGGCGCCGGGCCAGCCGCCGCCGCGGCCGCGUCCAUGCACAUCAUGCCGUCGAUGAGCAGCCUCGAGGCGCUGCUCUCCAAGCUGCCCUCGGUCGUGCCGGCCCCGCAGCCGGCAGCCGGAUCGUCCGUGCCCGGCGUGGCGCCGCCGCCGGCCAAGGAGGAAGCCGACGAUUACGUGCAGUGCCAUGGCAUGGACGACGUAGCGGCGAGCAACGGCGGCGCGGCAGGGGACGAGAGCACGAGCACGAGCGCCGCCGCCGCCGCUACCGCGCCGAUGUCGUCGUACUUUGUCAACGUUGGCAGUAGUAGUAGUAAUCCCGGCGAGGGGCAGUGGUUUUAG